CCGCCCGCCAUGGAGCCUAGCCCCGACGGCCCCGCCGCCCCCGGCCCCGCUGCCAUCCGCGAGGGCUGGUUCCGCGAGACGUGCAGCCUGUGGCCCGGCCAGGCCCUGUCUCUGCAGGUGGAGCAGCUGCUACACCAUCAACGCUCGCGGUACCAGGAUAUCCUCGUCUUCCGCAGUAAGAGCUACGGGAAUGUGCUGGUGUUGGACGGCGUUAUCCAGUGCACGGAGAGGGACGAGUUCUCCUACCAGGAGAUGAUCGCCAACCUGCCCCUCUGCAGUCACCCCAACCCACGCAAGGUGCUAAUCAUUGGGGGCGGGGACGGAGGCGUCCUGCGGGAGGUGGUCAAGCAUUCCUCUGUGGAGUCCGUGGUCCAGUGCGAGAUUGACGAGGAUGUCAUUCAAGUCUCCAAGAAGUUCCUGCCUAGCAUGGCUGUUAGCUACUCCAGCUCAAAGCUGACCCUACACGUGGGUGAUGGUUUUGAGUUCAUGAAACAGAACCAGGACGCCUUCGACGUCAUCAUCACUGACUCCUCAGAUCCCAUGGGUCCUGCUGAGAGCCUCUUCAAGGAGUCCUACUACCAGCUCAUGAAGACUGCCCUCAAGGAGGACGGCAUUCUCUGCUGCCAGGGCGAGUGCCAGUGGCUGCACCUGGACCUCAUCAGGGAGAUGCGGCAGUUCUGCAAGUCUCUCUUCCCGGUGGUGGACUAUGCCUACUGCACCAUCCCCACCUACCCCAGCGGCCAGAUCGGCUUCAUGCUGUGCAGCAAGAGCCCGAGCACCAACUUCCGGGAGCCCGUGCAGCUGCUGACGCAGAAGCAGGUGGAAGAGAUGCAGCUGAAAUACUACAACUCCGAUGUGCACCGGGCAGCCUUCGUCCUGCCUGAGUUUGCCCGGAAGGCCCUGAAUGAUGUGAGCUGAGCCCGGGUACUGCUGCUGACACUGCCCACGACCUCGGACAGGGAGCCUCUGGGGCACCUGGGUCCCACCAGCCCUGGACAAGACUUCUGCUGGCUUGCCCACCAACUGACUGUUACAGGCCCCAGAACGCUGUCCGGCUGGUCCUGCCGGGUGGACUGUCUGUCUUCCUCUGGGUGGCGUUCAGCCACCAAACCUAUACCAGCUGUGUACAGCAUCUCCCCCACCUCUGUUGCCCCUCACUCACCAAACACAUGUAUU